AUGGUAUACUCUGUCCCUGUCAUCGUUUUCAUGGACGAUGUAUCGGGAAAUAUGUCCAAGCAGUGGAAUAAGCACCAUGCAGUAUACAUGUCGAACGGAAACUUACCUCGUGAGAUGGUCGAGAAGGAGUUUUGUGUUCGCUUUGUCUCGUCUUCACCCAACGCCGCACCAAUGGAGUUGAUGCGAGCGAUGAGGGACUCUAUCAGGCAAGUAAAUUCAACGUGGGACUGCAAAGAUGAGGAUCGAGUUAUACUGCUGCCAUACGGUCUCUUUUUUGGCGGUGACAAUCCGAUGCAAGCCGAAGAGUGUAGCCAGGGAGGCGUCAACAGUAGCCACUUCUGCAGGACUUGCGAUGUUGGCGGUACCAAUGAAUUCAAACAGAGCCACGCAGGCUAUCAAUCACUCUUUACGUCCGGCAACUUACGGAAUCCGAAAGAUACGAAGGAUGACAUACUCCGGCAGUUCAAGACAGCGGUUGAGCCUGGUGCGGCCAAUAAACUUAAGCACUCAUUUCAGCAAAGUGGUAUUCGGGAUUCGACUUCAUCCUCUAUUUUAGACGCAGUCGUUAAUAUGGGAAAGAAGUUACGAACCAAAAAGGGUGACGCCAGUGGACCUUUGACGGAAGCAGAAAUUCGGGCGAAGCUUGAGAAGGAAAUGGAGGACCUUUUACGUGGCCAAGCUGCAGAGGAUACCAUUAAUCCCUUACUUGGGAUGGACGGCGUGAAUAUUCAUAUGGACACUCCGACAGAGAUUCUUCAUACCGUGCCCCUGGGAGUUGUCAAGUACCUGUGGAGCCAGACCAUCACUGUUUUGGACGAAAAGAAACUGCUCGGUACUUUCCAAACUCGUCUUGACUCCGUUGAUGUCAAGGGGCUCAAUAGUGCUGCAAUUGAUGCGGCAUACAUGGUUCGACAUCGCCAGAGCCUCAUUGGCAAGCACUUCAAGAGUUUGGCACAGGUAAUGCCAUUCUUAGUCUACGAUCUUGUGCCGUGCGAGGUCUUGGAUGCGUGGACACGUCUAGGGGAACUUGUAGUGCUUAUCUGGCACACGGAAAUUAACAAUAUGGAAACCUACUUGGUGAGUUGA